AUGGCUUCUACGGAUCUUCCUGCGCAAUCGCCAAGCCCACCGGCGGAUACAGAAGAUCGAUCGCCGCCCCGGAAACGGCCCAGAACUCGCGCGCCUCCGAAAGCAGCUGCUCCAGCCUCGACUCCGGCGACGAAUACAGACAUGCCGAGUGCUAAGAGCACGGCUCCGGGGCCCGAUACUCCAGUUCAUCGCUUCUCGAUACAGCCUGUCAAUCGCUUCCGUGGCGCGUCGGCCAAGAUCAAGCGCCCUCGUGAAGUCGCACACUUCUCAUACGACGACAACCACGAGUACCAGCAUGAUGAGUCGGGUAUCAACUACUACAUACCACCUCCAAUGGGCGCGGAUUUGAAGGAAGGUUUCGAGACGUUCAAACACUACGAAGACAAGGAAGACCCACAUCUGGACAGUCUACUGAGGGCGCUCAUGGAAGACAAGACGGGCAAGGAGGAAGUCAAGGCCGACUUCAUGACCUGGCGAGGCAUGAUGACCAAGAUCAUGACCGCCCCCUUCGACAACUUCGCCGAAUUCAGCAUGUUCGCAACCCUCCACAACAACACCAUCUACAUCGAAGAAGACUUCCCAUCUCGAGCCGCCGACCGCGCAGCAGAAAGCACGCGCCCACCUCCCCGCCACCAACAUCCCGACCAGCAAUCGCGCGAAAUGAUGACAUACUGGGGUUACAAGUUCGAGAAACUCGCCCUCAUACCAACGCUACCUCAAGACACGCCACGGCAAGAAAUUGAGCGAUCCCAGAAAGGCGUCGUGUCGAACCACGCGCAACACUGCUCCAUCGUCCACACAUCCUUCGGGCCCCAUAGCCUCAUCCUAGGCGGCGAAGUCGACGGCCUCCUCGCGCCCAAACCCACGAACCCGGAUGAGCAGGUUCAAUGGGUCGAACUCAAAACAAGCGAAGAGCUUCCUCCCCCUCGCCAACAACAACACCGCGACAUCCUGAAAUUCGAACGCAAGCUUCUCAAAUUCUGGGCCCAGUCGUUCUUGCUCGGCGUACCUAAGAUCACCGUGGGCUUUCGGAGUAAAGCAGGUAUUUUGAGGAGUCUGCAGACGUUCAACACGCAUGAGAUACCGGGUAUGGUGCGUCAGGGCACGAACUGCUGGGACGGGAAUGUGUGUAUUAAUUUCGCGACGGAGUUUCUGGGAUGGUUGAAGGGGGUUGUGGUGGGGGAAGGUAUUUGGAGUGUCGUGCUGAGGAAGAAGAGUGGGGCUGUGGAGGUGAGGAGGGUGGGUGAUGGGACGGGGGAUAUUGUUAGUAAGGAGUUCAAAGUGUUCAAGAGUAAGGGGUCUGAAGCUGCGCAAAACGGCGGAGAGGAAGGCGAGGCGCAAAAAGAUGGAGAUACUGUGGAGCGUGUUGUAACAUCCUGA